GUUCAACCUGCAGAAUAUUAAGCAAAAUGGCGACAUUGUAAUGGAUGGAUGAUGGAAAAAAGGACUGUAAUCAAGUACCAUGACAAACUUGUCCUAUGUUAUAUUGUCAUUCUCUAGAAAGACUGUGUUGUCUCUGUUAUGGCGGCAGUAAAAGAAAGUGUAGAGGAAGACAAAGUAGAAUCUUCCUCUGAUGACACUCAAGAGCUGACAAGCACAUCUUCUUCCAGCAACAACAAUAACAGCUUGGAUCCACCAGAGCCCCUGCCCUUGGACAGUCACCAAAACCCUUUAAAUGGAGUCCAGCCGAACCCAUUUGUCUGUGGUAGCGUCCUUGCUGCCCCCAGCACAAACGACUCAUUGCCUUCAGGAGCACUUGUUAAUGGAGCUGCUUCACACUGUACCUCAGAGGAGCCCUACGUCCACAACAAAGACAUGUCCCCUCUGCCCGGGACAGACACCAGCCCUGAGGUGUUACCGCCUCCCAGUGAGCUUCAAUCAGACACCCGGCAGAAAACAGAAGGGUGCGCCCUAAAAGUGUGGCCCGCAUGGGCCUCAUCUGAAUCAAACAACAGUGACUUUGAGGCCCCCUUAGAUAUUCUGGUGGGGGAAGGCUUGGAUAACAGGCCAAUCAGCCGACUGUUGGCUAGAAAGGGAAUCAAAGCAGGGAGCUUAUGGGACUUUGAUUCCGAGUUGUCAGAGAGUUCCUCUGAUGACUGUGAUGGUCUGAACUGGGGCCUGCAGGAGAAGUUCAUGCAGAUACUGUUGAAAAGCAGUGUAGCAGUUGAUGGAGUAAGAACAAAGGUAGAGAUUGAUGAAGCUCAACCUGCCAACCAAAGACAGAGGAUGCGUAAAAAUCACACCACGGAGAGGGCUGACACUGGAGGACAGGUUUAUGAUGGCUUUGAUUACGCAUCCCAGUAUUCCCUAACCGACGACGACUCUGAUUUUGAGUCGUCCAUUAACAAAGAACAUGCCUUCAGGAAAGAGCCAGAAAGUUUGAAAGCAUAUGCCGGCUUGCGCCUGGAGAAAUUCUGCGACAAGUCAGCUGCCGUGCAGGAGCUAAUUUCAAGCGAGAAGGAAGAUAGAUGUGAUGAAGGCAGCAGCGACAUAGAAACAAACACCUACACGGGUGAAAAAUCGGCACGGUUAAAGACAGAGACAAGAACAGGCGAGGAACUGUCCUUUUUCCCAUGUUCAAAGUGCAACUGUAAUUUCAUGGAGAAGAGGCAUUUGCAUAGGCAUAUGAUGUAUCAUUUAGAUAGGAAUAAUAAGGUGAGACAAGAAGACAUUCCCCGACCCUUUAUAUGUAGAGAGUGUGGGCGUUCCUUCCGAUACCUAACCUUUCUGCAAAAGCACAUGAUAAUCCACCAGGUGCGGAGGGAGAGGCUGAUGGAAGAGAUUAAAGGUUUCAGUAAGAUAGAUGUCGAGGGAAGAAGAGCUUGUCUUCAGUGUCCCCAGUGUGUCCUUGGAACGAAAUGCCCCAAAACUUUUGUCCAUCCUGGCAAAACUAAUGUGAUGGAGAAGCCGUCUUAUAGCUGUGAGGAAUGUGAUCACAUGACUAUGACUGAAAUGGAGGCACACGGGUGCACAGCUCACCACAAAACAUGUGGCAAGACAGGUGACUUUUUUGUAUGUCAAAAUUGCACAUUUAGAAGUAAGAAUAGAUAUAGUUUCAAGAAGCAUGUGGAGCUUAUCCACGGGCAGAAUUAUAAGAAUUAUGAACCUCAGCCACACAGCAAUAUGGAUGACCACAUAAAAGCUGUAUUGAGUCAACCCCAAAACAAGGAUUCAUCUUUACUGAUGCCAAAGAUUCGAAGCACAGAGAAACGGUCUGUUAAGGACAGAGGUGAGCUGCCCUUUAGGCCCAAUGGCUCAGCUGGCCUUAAUGUGAGAAGCACAGAAACACAAAAAGCCUGUGAUGGUUUCAGCUCCUCGCUGAUCAAAUGGAGCCCUGGCAGCCCAGCAAACAAGCUGUCACCAUUCUCACCGAGAAGUGACAAGCCAAGCAAAUUAUCCCUUCUGCCUACAGAGAAAAUAGACGUGACAACAGGUCUCCCGUAUGUCAAAGAAGACAAUCAAGAAUAUGAAAGCGCUGUCUCUGAAAAGAGGACAAAAUAUCUUUCCAGCUUUGACGUACAUCUUACAACCAAAACAGAGAUUGUGAGUAAAGCAGCCUGUCUGAACCUUGGCACUGAGAGCUGUCCCAAAGAUCCUUCAACCAGUGGUACUUUAGUGCUGCAGCACAAAAUGCCCUCGAAAAGAAAAAUGUCAAUCCCGUACCGCAACACCCAUGCCAAUAUUCCUCAUGUGCGUCUUCCAAAAUGUGAGCCUGAGUCUCCACAAUGGGACUCUGCUGCACCACAAGAGGGAGAUGACUAUGAAUGUGCUCAGGAUUUCAGCGACUGCACCAAAGAGUUUUUGGAUCCGUUUCAUAGCAAUACCCCCAGUGAUUUUUUCAUCCCUCUCAACAACAACAUUCCGGACUAUACCAAUGAUACUUAUCCAGACAAUAGCAUAGAGGUAGACAGUGAUGAUAUUUGUACAUUUAUAGUGAAGGAGGAGUGUAUUGAGAGUAUAAUAAGUGAGGAUAACUCUGAACAUGUUGUUUAUCAGCAAAGUGACCCUUAUACAGAGAAUUCUGUCAACCCUUUGACUUUGGUGGGCAGGAAGUCCUGUCCCUAUUGCCCUGCAGUGUUUGAGUCUGGGGUGGGCUUGUCCAACCACGUGAGAGGACACUUACAUAGGGUGGGGCUAAGUUAUGAUGCUCGUCAUGUGGUGUCACCUGAGCAAGUGGCAUCUCAGGACCGCCAGCCACGCAUACGCAGAAGAAUUCCCCCCGUGAAUCGCAGAAUCAGAAAAGAUAAGCCAGAGUCUAAAUCCGAGCAUACCUGUCCGUUGUGCCUGGGCUGGUUUGACACUAAGACCGGCCUCUCCAAUCAUGUGCGGGGUCACCUGAAGCGGAUUGGCAAGUCAAUUUCAGGCGCUAGCAAGUCUCCUCUCUGCAUCCUGAUGGAACUUCUUCAGGAUGAGACGGAGUACAUGAACAUCAUGAAGGUGUUUGGUUCCAGGCCACAAUUAUCUAAACCUUUUGUCUCUCAAAAGUUUGCCAGCAGCGAUGGACUAUUUCUUACAUCCUCCGGCAUUCCCAUGAAGAUCCAUCGUACAACUGGAACACCAGAUGAAUGGACUAUGAUCAAACCCCCCCAGGUUGACAGAGAGAAAAAGAGGACAGAUAAGGUCCAAUCUAGCACUUUAGAGGAUCUGCUCGGGAAUAGGAAAAUGGAGCAGGAAAUGGAGGUUGAAGGUCACUCAGAGGAGGCCAGGACCCCUUCGACCAUCUCCUCCACUAGUGGCAGUUUACCGAGAACAUCAUCUGUGAAGCUGGAUCCUACCUGGAGCCAAGACAAUAAGAAGAUCUGCAGCCACUGCAACACAACGUUCCACAGCGCUGUCAGCCUGUCUAAUCAUCUUCGGGCAUAUGCGCGACGGAAGGAAAUCGCCUUAUUAGAAGGAACAACAUAUGGUUGUAAACAGAAGAGUCAGAGAUCAAGGCCUGGGCCAAAAAGGAAGGUGUUUUCAUCUUCACGCGCGGCCUGUGAAGUGAUCUACAGAAUGACCUGCAGGUUCUGCGAUCUGAUCUUCCAGGGUCCUCAGUCAAUUCAGGAAGACUGGAUCAAGCACUUGCAGAGGCAUCUUAUGCACACGAGUAUCCCCGGCGUGGGUGCAGGUAUGGUGGAGGUUUCUGCGCUGUGUAAAGAGCGGUGUUCCCCAUCUCCCCCCGAGCACCUGCUUCUGGAUACAAACCCUCCUCUCAGUCUGCCUGAGGGGGUCUCCUAAGCCACGUUUACACACCAGCUUCACUCGCUGUACACCUGUUCUGCACAUGUUCAUAAACACAUCUA